AUGGCUAGCUCGGCGCAACCGCAUGAUCAUGACAUGUAUCAACAAGGCCCAGAGCCCUUCCCCGACAUUGAAUUGCAACACACCAACCGAAAUGACCGUGACUCUACGCACGAGAAGCCCCCGCUGCCAUCUCUAGACACUCUGAACUCUCUGCAGCACCAAGAGUCUACGGGAAUUGAGACUGUGGCCCUGUCACCAUCCGUUCAACGCGCCGACGCGAGUCGUCACAUUGAUGACCUGGAACUCCUACGAGCAGAGCGACUUAUUUCGAACCAGGAGCACGAAGCCACGAAAACUGCAUCCAAGAACAGAGCCCAUAACGUUGAGCCUGAAGAUGCGUUCAACCCAACCGUCACCAAGGAGGAGCAUGUCAGGAAGAGGAAUGAGGAUGCCGCUCUGUACAAGUUCUGGCUGUUUCUUAAAAAGUUUCCUCGGUUCGUCCGAUAUUUGGUCUACUUGUUUCCCGGAGCCGCUCUGCUUCUGAUUCCUGUGCUUCUCGGCGCUUUCAGGUAUAACGACGGCAGUAAUCUGGUUGGUGGUGACGGGGGUGUCGAACUGAUGUGGUUUGGAAUUUGGCUUGAGAUUGUCUGGGCCUCGUUGUGGGUGUCACGAAUGUUGACCAGUUUGCUACCACACAUAUUCCAAGGAGUUGCAACCAUGCUGGGGUCGACCACCACCAAGAAAUGGCGCGAUAUCGGUGCGCAAUUGGAACUUCAUACGGCACUGUUUCUAUGGUUCCUCGCCAUUUUGAUCUCAUUCAAGCCUACCAACAAUGGACAUCGACGCGGUACUCCUGACAAGGACAGCUCUGGUAACGACUGGGUGGACAUUGUGAACAAAGUCAUCAUCUCGCUAUUCGUCCUCUUCACUCUCAAUUUCGUCGAAAAGAUUCUGAUACAGUGGAUUGCUACAUCGUUUCAUCAACGCACCUACUCCACUCGAAUUGAAAACAACAAGGGUGACAUCCGGCAGCUUGUGCAGUUAUUUGAAUUUGCCAAGGCAAAGCUGGAGGACACUGACAAGUUUUGGCAAGGCCGUGACGGAAACAGCAAUGCUAGUGGCACGCAAACCCCAAUGGCCAACUUCCACGAAGGUGCCCGUCAGGUACUUGGAAAGGUUGGAUAUGUUGCUGGGCGAGUUGGAAACGACCUCAUUGGCAGAAAAGUCAACACAAAUCACCCUCGGAAAGUCGUUUCUGAGUUGCUUCGAACCACGUCUUCUGCACACACGCUGGCCCGCCUUAUCUACCGUAGCGUGGUUCGUGAGGAUCGGGAUACUGUAUAUCCAGAAGAUUUGAAACAAGUAUUCGCUACCCAGGAGGAGAUUGACGCAGCGUUCGGCGUAUUCGAUAAAGAUCUCAAUGGCGACAUCUCCAUGGAUGAGUUCGAAGCUGUGUGUAAUGAGAUCCGUCUCGAAAAGAAGGCCAUCGCCGCCUCGCUCAAGGAUCUUGACUCGGUCAUCCAGAAGCUCGACAAGGUUUUCCUUUUCAUCAUUGUCGUCAUCACCGUCAUUGUUUUUGUAUCCAUCUUCUCCAGUUCUACAGCGGCCGGCUUGGCCUCAGCCAGUACAUCUAUUUUGGGUUUGGCUUGGGUUCUCCAGGCUACCGCUCAAGAGUUUCUUCAGUCAAUCAUCUUCGUCUUCGUUAAGCAUCCCUUCGAUGUUGGUGAUCGCGUCACCAUCUAUGGCUCCACAGGCGCCAAUAUGACCGGCGACGAUUACUACGUUACGGAGAUAUCCCUUCUCUAUACAGAGUUCAAAAAAAUGCAGGGGCACAUUGUUCAGGCUCCCAAUUCUGUGCUCAACACUUUAUUCAUUCUCAACCAGAGACGAUCCAACGGUCUUUCCGAUGUUCUUCCGUUGCAGUUCAAGUUUGGCACUCCUGCAUGGAUGAUUGAUGAGCUCAAAGCCCGCAUGCUCGAUUUCUGUUUGGCCAACAAGCGUGAUUACCAGCCGACUAUUAUUACUGAAAUGACUGGCGUGGACCAGAUUCGCUCUGCAAACAUGAACAUGGUAUUCAUUCACAAGUCUAACUUCCAAAAUGAGCUUCUUCGCCUCAACCGCCACAACAAGUUUGUUACCGAACUGGUGUAUCAACUGGAGCAAAUUGGUAUCCAGGGUCCUCUUCGUGUCGACCCUGGUGGCAGCCGCGAGUACCCCAUGUACUAUGCUGGUUCACACCCACCGCCGUACAGCAACGGCAAAGAGCAGCAGCACGACAUGUCUGCGAGCAAUGUGGCAUCGCCAGCACCAGCCCCGUCACGAGGAGCGAUGCCACGUCAUAACAGUGUUAGAAGCACGCAUAUUUCCACCACGAGUGAAGAAGCCAUUGUUGACUUCCAAGAUGUUUUUGAGAAUCGGCGCGAGGAAUCUCAAGCGCGACGAAUGGAGUCUAUCCGAGAAAAGCACAUUGCCGAACAAGCAGAAGCUGAGAAGGAGUCUAGGGCAUCUACUACUGGUGCCGCACUGUCACCGAUACACUCGGUGAAUUCCCAACAAAGAUCACGAUUCUUUGGACGUCACCGAAGCGGGACUAAGAGUCAACAGCAUCAACCGCAGCAAAGCGAUAUAGUUUGA